AUGCUGCACUCUCCCGCGAUCCUCCUCGGCGGUGGCGUCCUGCUCGCUGGCCUGAGAGGAGUGCUCUCGCAGUGCCCUGAUUACGCCGAUUAUUCAACGCAGGUCCACGACCCUGUAUCCUCUGGCAAAUACCAGCUCAGCUACCAGCGGCCAAACGCAACAUGUCGCACCUUUAGCCUGUCCGAGGUUGAAUCGACAAUCUCGGACAUGAAGACGACCAUCAAGGAUCCAGACUUGUCCAGAUUGUUCGAGAAUACAUUUCCCAACACGCUCGAUACGACAAUUUCCUGGCAUGGAUUCGCCAGUGGGAACUCUGAAGAAGAGGCAUGCAACCCUUGCAAAAUGUGGCGUUACCGGCAACACAUUGUGGCCAUGUGGCUUCGUGACAGUGCAAAUCAGUUGAGAAGCUACAAGCCACUUCUGCAAGCCAAUAGCUCGAGCUCCUCCCUGGCCUCCCUCUUCCGAGGUGCCAUAAACUUGCAGGCUCGCUAUCUUCUGACGAGCCCGCAUUGCAAUGCCUUUCAGGCUCCCACCGAGUCUGGAAAGCCGCCCGAGGACAAUAGUGCAGCAGAUACGGAUGUUGUCUUUCCCAGCUAUGACAAGAACUUUGUCUUUGAAUGCAAGUACGAGUUAGACAGCUUGUCGGCGUUCCUCCAGCUUUCUUACGACUAUUACGACAAGACUCAGGACAGCGACUUUUUCGGCAAGUUCCAGUGGGCCGAUGCCAUUAGAACCGUUCUCGACACGGCCGAGGCCCUCUUAGUUGGAACCUAUGCAGAUGAUGGACAUGUCAAUAACUCGCCCUACACGUUCCAGCGGACAACAACCUCGGCAUCGGAAACGCUGCUCAACAAGGGCGUCGGAUCCCCCGUCAAGGGUGGAACUGGGCUUGUCCGGAGCGCGUUUAGACCCUCGGACGAUUCAACCAUAUUCCAGCUCUUCAUUCCGGCAAACAUGAUGUUCUCAAGCUAUUUGAGCAAAUGUGUGACCAUUAUGGAGAAAAUCGAUAGCAGCACGGCUGACAGAAUGAGCGACCUGGCGACGAACGUCAAGAAUGGCAUUGAGGCUCAUGGAAAGGUGCAACAUCCCCAGUUUGGAGAAAUAUAUGCCUUUGAAGUUGAUGGAUUCGGUUCGAGCAACCAAAUGGACGAUGCCAACGUUCCCAGUCUCCUCAGUGCUCCCAUUAUCGACUACCUUGAUGCCAGCGACACAACGUACCAAAAUACAAGAUCCUUUGCGCUGAGUACCUGGAACCCUUAUUAUAUGCAUGGCUCGGUCAUUAACGGAACUGGCGGUCCUCACGUCGGCCCAGGCAAAGCGUGGCCAAUGUCCAUUAUUGUCACGCUGCUCAGCUCUGACGACGACAAUGAGAUUAUUUCGGGAUUGCGUCAAAUUCUUUCGUCGACUGACAAUCUUGGACUUAUACACGAGUCUAUUGACACCUUUGACCAAACCCAAUGGACGCGCCAGUGGUUUUCCUGGGCGAAUGGACUGUUUGGGCAGCUUUUGUUGGAUCUCAAGGACAGAAAACCAGAGAUUUUGUCGACAUCCUUCCAGUGA